CGCCUCCGCUGCGGAGCCUCAGCUCGAGCUCUGCCGCCGCCGCCUCCUCCUCCUCCCCUCCGGCGCGGCCAUGCCCAACAUCGUGCUCUUCAGCGGCAGCUCGCACCAGGACCUGUCCCAGCGCGUGGCCGAGCGGCUGGGCCUGGAGCUGGGCAAGGUGGUGACCAAGAAAUUCAGCAACCAAGAAACCAGUGUAGAGAUUGGUGAAAGUGUGAGAGGGGAAGAUGUGUAUAUCAUCCAGAGUGGCUGUGGAGAAAUCAAUGAUAACUUGAUGGAACUUCUAAUAAUGAUCAAUGCUUGCAAGAUUGCAUCAUCGUCCAGAGUGACUGCAGUAAUUCCAUGUUUUCCAUAUGCCAGGCAAGAUAAGAAAGACAAGUUUGUCCACAUCUUUACUAAAGUUAGCACCCAGAACCGUGCACAGGUUACUUCAAUCGCAGAUAGACUGAAUGUUGAGUUUGCUCUGAUUCACAAGGAAAGAAAGAAAGCUAAUGAAGUGGACAGAAUGGUCUUGGUUGGUGAUGUGAAAGAUAGGAUAGCUAUUCUUGUCGAUGACAUGGCUGACACAUGUGGCACAGUAUGUCAUGCAGCAGACAAGUUAGUGUCUGCUGGAGCCACUAAAGUUUAUGCUAUUCUGACUCAUGGGAUCUUCUCUGGCCCUGCUAUUUCUCGAAUCAAUAAUGCUGCAUUUGAGGCUGUUGUAGUAACUAACACAAUCCCACAGGAUGAGAAAAUGAAAAAUUGUCCCAAGAUUCAGGUUAUUGACAUUUCCAUGAUUCUGGCUGAGGCGAUCCGAAGAACACACAAUGGCGAAUCUGUGUCCUACCUGUUCAGCCAUGUUCCGCUAUAACUGCAAGAGAUUAGUGUUUUCCUGUUGGUUGUGUCCACCAGCACUGUCAACCUUUUUAAAUAAUGCGACUCAACAAUGAGAUGACUCUCUUGGUAAAAAGCUUCAGCUCUUGCAUACUUAAAGAUGUUUUCGUUUUCUAAUUAAUCUUUGUUCAUUGUAAAUGGGUAAUACAGCUCCAUUUUGCAAAAUCUCUUAUGAAUACACUUAAGGAUUUUGAAGGGGAGGCUUCAAUACUUACCUGUGACUAUUCCUACAGGUAACUUUUUGAUUCUGUAUUUGCCUAUAGCAAGAGGGUCAAUACCAUUUCAAAACUUUUUAUAUUUGUGGGGCUGCCAAAGGUAGCCCAAUUUUAAAAUAUUUCAUAUUUAGUUUAUAUUUAAUAAUAAGUUGGAUGGGCAAUGAGGUAGUUCUCCUGCUGUGUAAUAUUGAACCUUGUCUAGGCUGUUAACUAAACAUUGGAAUAAGCGAUUAAAUGUGUAUUCCCUUAACAGUUAAAUAUUUUUUUACUUGGCAGAAAUUCUGUGGUAGCUUGAUGCCCACCUACUUCAUAUACCUCAUGAUUUAAAAAUUGCUGGGCAGAUUCACUUUUUGUGGGGUCAGCAUAACUGUAGAUUAGAGAUUAGUUGCUUGUGUUCUCUUCCUACUAAACUGCUGCCUCAAAUGUCUAAUCUCUAAAGCUGGGACCACAGCCACCACUUCUCUGCAUAUGGUAGUUAAUAGAAUUUGUACUUUCAAAAGAUUAUGCUUCAUUUAGAACUAAAUUUGUCAAUUAUAGGCAUCUUGUAUCUAUACAUUAGUCUCUCAAGUAACUUACUAAAGUUUGUUGAACUUUAUUUACAUCUUCAGUUUUAACCAUGAGUCUGUCACUUUGUAGAUAUUUUAAACAACAUUUGAGACUUCCAUAACAAAAUUAAAGUGAACUAUUAACACAGUAUUCAGUGGGCUACAUUUUGGAGCAUAUGAAAUUCCGAAGUUCAAACAGUGAUUGUGUAUGUGUGUAAAAUGGGU